CUACAUAGAAACAAUAUGGAUUUCAAAACAUAUAUUUAUUUAUUAUUGUAUUCCGUGCAGUUUAUAAGCAAAUGAAUACGAUCUUGAAAUUUUAUUUACAGAUGCCGUCACUGAACCCAGCCAGAUCACUAGGACCAUCGUUCGUGUUGUCUCGCUGGGAGAGCCACUGGGUGAGCUGGGUGGGCGGGCUGGGAGGCGGUGUGGCCUCCGCGCUGUUGCACGAGUGGGGCGGCAGGCGAGCCAGGGGCACGUCAUCCCGCGCCUCGUCGCCUCGUGACCUAGACGAGCUGGACAAGCCCGCGUUCCCUUCGCACCACCACUACCGCCACGCUCCCACCUACUGCGCCGCAGCCCCGCGCCCCGACACCGCUGAGCCGCUCUACUCUGGCACCAAGUCACUCUACUGUCGCUCGCCUCCACCCGCCAGGCACGGCUUGCAUAGAUCACAGUCGGUAUACAGUAAAGGUAGCUCAGCAACGAGCGGGGCAGCCAGCAGCGCGGCGGCCACCAGCGCAGUGGGCGGAGGCCCGCUGGUCGCGGCGACGUCGCUCGUGCUGCGCCCACCCACACACACACACGCUCAUCACGCUCUCGCACACAACCAGAAUGCCCACAAUGCGCAACGAGACCCUCCCUACGGCACAGCUAAUGGUGUUCGGCCAGGACCAGCCGGAGCGGCUGUAAACGAGAGGCGCGAGUCAGUAUACAGCGGCAGCGUGGGGGGCGCGAGCGCGAGCGGUGUGAGCGCGGGCGUGGGCGCAGGCGUGGGCGCGGCGCGGCAAGACGACGCGUACGGCACGUACUCGCGCGCGCCGCACUACCGCUCCGCGCACGCGCAGCACACGCUGCCCAGCCACUACUAGCGACGCGCCGAGCAGCACAACAUCGCGCUGCUCUUCGACGUUUGAAGCCUCUGCACCGUACUCCCAAUGAGGAGCACGUCGCUGCACGAGGACUGUCUACAUAGCUCACUGGACCGGACAGCGUCACGCGGUUAGAUCAGUACUGUGACCGCAACUACACAAGGAUGUGAUUUAAAGUUACAAAUGCACAAAGACUUAUUAAAUCAGUAGCUUGGUGACAUGAAACUUAUAAUUAUAAUAGACCGAAUUGCUAUGGUCAUGUUGUUAUAUGCUGAUUAUAUUGUUCAAAUAGAGAUCCAGGUUUUCAAUAUGUUAAGGUGCGUGCUGCAUGUUCAGUACCUACAUAUAUACCUUCCUAUGAACCAUUUUCUAUAUACAUACUUACUAACAUUGGGAUUAAUUGUUGUGAUUCAUAAACAUAAACUUGUUAUGAGAAUAAAGAGUAAGUUGUAGGUAUAAUAAUGUCUAGAUUGGUUUUUUAAAAAACUUUAAUGAAAAAUUGUAAACAUUUUAAUAAUAAAUCUUUAAUUAAUCUACAAUUAUGUAGUGUUAAUGGAAUAUCUAUAAAAGUAUGGCGGUCUACAAAUUGUUAAAAUAAAAACAGUAUUUAAAAAAAAGAGUGUUCAAGUGGGACAUUUGAGUAAUAUAUUUCAUCAAAAUAUUAAGAAUUUUUUUCCACGAUAAACACGUCAUAUAAAAUUAAAGUUUUUUUUCUAAAACUCACUUGGCUAAGCGGACCAAAUCAAGGCCAGACACGAGUGGAUAAUGUCUAUGGUUUACUAAUUUACCUUUAAGCCGAAUUUACAUUACAUUUUUUUUACGUGAUGAAACAAAAUAUGGAUCGAAUCUUAUAUCAUUGUUGGCUUAUGCAGUGCAUCUAUUACAUCACAUAAGGAUAUAAUUAGCGCAAAGCACACAGGAUACAUUUCGUAGAAUAUGUGGGGGAACUGCACCUAAUUCCCUGUUGUCCUUUCCACCAUAAACCACCCGGUAAUCAGCAAAUCGUCUUCGUUUUAUGGUAGACUAGCUACUGUACCACGGUUUCACCCGCUGCUAGGCUCCUACAUACCGUAGCGUGAUGUUUUAUAGCCUAUAGCCUUCCUCGAUAAAUAGACUAACAAACAUAAAAAGAAAUUGCUCAAUUCGAACCAGUAUUGCCAAAAAUUAGGGCGGUCAAACAAACAAACUCUACAGCUUUAUACAUAUAGUAAAAAAAAUAGAUGUGUGGGUAUUGGGUGAGUAGGCAAAAAAUUGCCCAAUAAUGUCACAAAACUAUACAUUACAUAUAGUUUCCUCAUUUAGAGAAAUUAAUCAAAAUAAAAUUAUUUUUGACAUAAGUACCGAAGUAUGACCUUCUGUUGGACAGGUCAACAUUGACGUUUCAAAAGUGCUUGUUUAAUAUACAAAAUGUAUGUUUUCAAUUUGACUUUAAAAAGGAGUUUUUGUAACUGUUUUAUUAAGUAAAUUCGGCUUUAAUAUAUAAUAAACAUAACUAGGUAUAUACAUAUUACGUGCCAUAUAUGUACGAAAAUAUUAAAUCCUUUCUCCGUGUUGUUCAAAUAAAUCAUGGUAACUUAUCGUAUAUUAUAGAGUUAAUUAAAAGACUUAAUAGUAUUGUUAAGUAGGUAUAAAAGAUAUUUAGAAUGUAAAUAGGUAAUAACGUACGUAAUUAAAAUUAAAUAAUUUGCCAAAUGAUAAUGUAUCUGUUAUUAUUAAAAGUGUAACGGGUCUCAUCUCUAUUGUACCUAAUUUGUUGUAUGUAAAAUAUUUCAAAAAAAAAAAAUACCUUAUCUUUUAGCUUGUAAGAUAUUUUCUUAUACCUACAUUUUAGGAUAUUCUUAGGCGUCAGUUAUGAAGUCACGUAGCGUCGUAUCGAUUACUAGUGCAAAAAAAAAGUAACACGGUUCGAAAAACGCACAGCGACUCCGUAAAGGACGCCUUAAACAUGAACUGGAUGACCACUGACUAUUUCGAUUAUUCUUUUUAUAAGUGUACUCUCCAUAAAUAAUUAUUACUGUUUCAAAUUUGACAUCAAUGUAAUAAUUCUUAAAAGAAGAGGAAAGCCUACUUAUUAGAUGUUUAUUUUACGAUAUUUGUUCAAAAUGUCUGAAU